UCCUCGCUGUUUUUGUGUUCUCUUCCGAGGCGGAGAGAUCCGCCAAGUUGCGUUUUAGCAAGUCGCCGAUGUGGUGACCUACGCUGUAAUUCUGUCCUCUUUAAAACUAAAAGAAAACGUGAAAAAUUAAAAUUGACCUCGACGUAGCUCGGUGUAAAACAGAAAUGAGUGAUUAUCUGAUUUAUGAAUCAUUUAGCUCUUUCUGAAAGCCAACACGCAGUGUUUGAGCGGAGAGGAAUCACACCGUAAACCAGGAGCCUCAUGUUUUCCACCGGCCAAGAGGAGACCUGCGCCCCGUCCAAAGACCCUGUCAAGUACGGGGAGCUGGUGGUCCUGGGGUACAAUGGGUCUCUGCCAAACGGAGAUCGAGGUCGGAGGAAAAGCAGAUUUGCUCUCUACCGGAGGACCAAGGCCAACGGGGUUAAGCCUAGCACCGUGCACAUCCUCAACACGCCACAGGCUAGCAAGGCUGUGAACUGCAAAGGCCAGCACAGUAUCUCUUACACGCUGUCUCGGAACCAGACCGUGGUGGUGGAGUACUGCCACGACAAAGACACAGACAUGUUCCAGAUCGGCCGCUCCACGGAGAGCCCCAUCGACUUCGUGGUGACGGACACGGUGUCGGGGGCCCAGGAGGGCGAGGACACGCCCAUCACCCAGAGCACCAUCUCCCGCUUCGCCUGCCGCGUGGUCUGCCAGCGCGGCCCGCCCUUCACCGCCCGCAUCUACGCCGCCGGCUUCGACUCCUCCAAGAACAUCUUCCUGGGGGUGAGCGAGAAAGCCGCCAAGUGGAAGAACCCGGACGGUCACAUGGACGGGCUGACGACCAAUGGCGUGCUGGUGAUGCACCCCAGGGGCGGGUUCACGGAGGAGUCAAAGCCCGGCGUCUGGAGGGAGAUCUCGGUGUGCGGCGACGUGUACACGCUGAGAGAGACCCGCUCGGCCCAGACCCGGGGCAAACUGGUGGAGCACGAGAGCAACGUGCUGCAGGACGGCUCGCUGGUGGACCUGUGCGGGGCCACCCUGCUGUGGCGCACGGCCGACGGCCUCUUCCACACGCCCACGCAGAAGCACCUGGAGGCCCUGCGGCAGGAGAUCAACGCGGCGCGGCCCCAGUGCCCCGUGGGCCUCAACACGCUGGCCUUCCCCAGCAUGCAGCGGAGCCGCGCGCUCUCCUCCCUGGAGGAGAAGCAGCCCUGGGUCUACCUGGCGUGCGGCCACGUGCACGGCUACCACAACUGGGGCCACCGCUCGGAGCAGGAGCCCAACGCCCAGCGCGAGUGCCCCAUGUGCCGCGCGGUGGGCCCCUACGUGCCGCUGUGGCUUGGCUGCGAGCCCGCCUUCUACGUGGACACGGGCGCGCCCACGCACGCCUUCGUGCCGUGCGGACACGUGUGCUCGGAGAAGUCCGUCAAGUACUGGUCGGAGAUCCCCCUGCCCCACGGGACGCACGCCUUCCACGCGGCCUGCCCAUUCUGCGCCACCCAGCUGGGCCUCUCCCAGGGGUGCGCCAAGCUCAUCUUCCAGGGCCCCAUCGACUGAGCGCGAGGGCCCCGGCCGUUGGUACCGAGAUGCUCCCGGAGUGGCACCAUGCUGUGAAGCUGUUCUUAUUAUACUGCGUUAGGAUUUACUUUAUUUUGUUCCGUUAUUUUUUUGAUUCAACAGAUUUUAAACCCAGACUUUAGAAAGGAGUGAGAUGUUUUUGAAGGUCUUCAUGGACCGUGGGUCGGACCCUACGGGGGGUUUCGGAGCCUCCUUUGGGUUCCUUUGCUCCCCCCGGCCUACAGAGAGGUUCGGCCCAGCAGAUCAGAGACACCCCCUCACCUCCUGAAUGCGUUAAGUGGACACGCCUCUACUCCGAGCCCACGGUGGACUGAGCUCCGGUCGGGUCAUGGGAGGUGAACCCUGUUUUACCCUGUGCUCUAACAGAACUGACUCAUGCACAUGACACAGAGGCAGGUGUGGACGAGGGUCCGGGAGGGGGGGACCCCCGUGGCGGCCGGAGACACGGAGCCAGACAGCUGGACUGUUGGCUGGGAAGGGGGCCAGUCGAGACUGCAGCUUCCCGCGGUCCUAACGACAUCCAGACCCUGGCCCCUACCGAGAGGUGAUCCUGAUCCAGCGAAGGCAACGGACUGCUUUUAAUAAAGAUGAGGCCGCUUCUGUUGGGAGGGCAGAGAUAUAUUCCAGUGCCUCACAUUCGGUUCAACUACGGAAAUCGAUUUUAGCUUUUUUUCAAGGUGAGGAAAGCUCUCUUGCUUUUGGCAAGGGGAGUGCUAGAUUUUGAGAGAUUACAGACAUGUAAAUCAAAUGAGUUUCCUUCCAUAUGUUUUUUUUUUUUUUGUCAGUCAGAAGAGAUAUUUUACUACACUGAGGCCGUUGUACUGUUUUGUAAUGAAAAUGUUAAUAUAUUUUUCUCUCGCCUAAGUUUUGAGUGUAUAUAUGUACGUAUGUCUAUUGCUGUGGGAGUUUGCUAACCCUGCCCUUUGACCUUAUAACCCCUGUGGCUGUUUCUAGGAUCCAAGUGCCCCCAAAAAGUUAAAAGCCAGCGAAAUUCAUCCAGCUCACAUUACCACCACCACCCAAACCAACACAUCAAAACACCAAACACACCCAAACUUUCCAGACCUUACUUCUCCAACCAACACCAAACAAAGCGAUCACAAAAUCCAAAUCUAUCUUUUGGUGGUUUGGACAAUGAAUGUAUUUCAAUUACAUUAACGAUCUUACCAACAGUGCUUUAUUACAGUAUGUCAUGAAACCCCUCUCCCAACUGUACCGAUGCACAUUGUUGAUGUCGCCCAGAAUGAAGACUCCAUCUUGAAUGGAUAAUGCACAUGCAUCCUCUCUUGGCAUGACUCACUAACACUCGCCUGCUCUAGCUUUAGUCUCCAGGGGGGGCAUCCAAUUACCUUAUUGGUUUUUUUUUAUGCGAUCGAUUUCAAGGAGCAAAAUCUCAGCAGCACCAAAAGACUAUACCAAAACCUAGAAACGGUGUGUUCUCCCCAAGCUAAGAAGCUCCGACCUCUUUGUUGGAUACAGAGCGUUGGGCGUAAACGUCAUCCUUCAUCCAGACGCUGCUACGAUGACGCGUUGACGUUAAAGGGCUCCAUGGUCGAACUCGCCGGCUCAGCCGAUUAAAGAUGACGUUCGCAGCAGCUCACCCAAUACCAAAUAUGUUAACCUCCUGCUGUGUGCAAUCAAAGUUGGCCAAAGUGCAAAUGUAUUGGAGCUGGAGAGCGGUCGUACGGUGCCCGUAUGCAGAGAUCCAGUAGUUUAUAGACUAGAAUACCGUAAUACGGUAUUCUGAGAUGAAACGAACGCGGGACUAGCAGAGCUAUGUUUUGAAGAAGAAAACCUCCACAUAUGGGUCUUAUAAAUGUAGACCAAUAAAAAAAGAUAUGAUCAUCUUAAAGGUGGGCUGCUGAGAAUACGAAAAGAUACAUCAUUUGUCUUUCCCAUGAAAGGUGGCUCGCAGUGUGUUGCAACCUCUGCCCAGAUUGAUACCUGCAGAGCGUUCACCAGAUGUCCUUUUUAUAUCUCAACACGAGGCAUGCCGGUCAAGGAGGGAAAGUAGCAUUCCUCAUUCUAACACUUGAGCUAAACAGCACUGCCCGUUGCUGUCGACCCAGCGUUGUUAACAGCUGCACCGUAGCUGCAGUAAUAACAUUCCUCCUUGGUAAACACGGGUGGGGCCCUCAGUAGACCGCAGGGCUCGUUCUGUGUACCUGCAAGGUUCCUGUGCAGGGACUCUGCACACGGGUCAUGGAACAGCCCGAUGCAUACCUUGCAAAGAAUAAAGUUUUUGUUUUUGAAAAAAUGAAAAAUAAGCGUAUCGUGUGGAUUGUGUUAUUAUCACGUCUGUUGAGGUGUGAAUGAUCAGUUAAAGGCGCCUUCACGGAUCCGUUGGUGAAAUGCAAUUGCCAUUGAUGAGGAAGCUGUGGGAACGAGGUUAGGGGCGAUUUGCAGUACAUUUCCCAGUGUCCAAUGAGAGGGCUGCUUUCUGUACGGCAACUCUGGGAAUUUAGGGCCUAGUAGUUGAACAGUAAUCAGCUGUUAAAUCACUCAUGUUGCACACACAUUUCAUCAUUGUUACUUCCAAUCUAUUUUUAUUUUAAAAUAUUGAUAACUCUUUAGAACAGCAUUUGUUUGAGAUAAGGGAGGGAGUCUCUUGAUGUUUAUUUUAGUGAUGGCUACAUGGUAUGCCUUAUCAACCUCAUUUUCAUUCAGUACCGCAUCAGCAACAUUUAUCUUUUAUAUGGUGUGUUGAUGUAGUUUUGAUCUUCGGCCACAGGAGGGCAGUAUUUAAUCAUCAAUGGAGACAUUGGCCCGCCUCGUUAGGGUCUUUGGGCUAUCAACCACCAGCUGCCGAUAUAUAAAACCGAACACGGUUGUUAAAUCUAAAAGACAUAAUUGGGAAGACUUCAAUGACACAUUGUCACAAAUUGAAUUAAGCCUAACUGAAUUAACAUGCUCAUAAAUGUCUCACAAUCAGCCUUAUUGCAAGAACUCACAAUAAUACACUAUUGUAGUGAGCCAAUUUAAGUGUCAGUGCAGAGUUUUGCAAAAGUUUGGAGAUGUAAUUUUCUUAAUUGCUCUUUUCGCUUUCGAGCAGCCUAUUGGUGUAGUUAUUUUUGCUGCAUAUGCCUUUAUAUAUUGGCGCUGGUUUUGUUGAAUCAUUAACCAUAACCUAAAACAUUGUUUCUUAAACAUGAUCCUUCUUGUGUAGCCUAUUUGAAGCCGCUGUUUUUUUUUUUAAAAACCCGCUCGUUCUUUUCAUGAUAUCCUAUUACAAGGUUGUAACCACAUUUAUUCUAUAAAAAGUAAUUACCCUAUGAAAGACAUGAACACAAAAUGGGCACAUAUGUGUGCAAUGCAUUUAGUCUUUGUUU